CCCCAAAACCAACAAAUCCUCCUCCCUUCCUCUCCAUUCAUUUCCUUCACUUGCAUCUCUCUCUUCAUCAACCUCAUAACGUUUUCUCUCUCCUUACCUUAAAGCACCACAUUAGUCACUCUCCCCCCCCUCUCUCUCUCUCUCUCUCAUACAUAGAACACACCCCUCUCUCCAUCUCUUUCUCUCUCUAAAAUGUCAGGAGUGUGGACAUUCAAUAAUGGGGUGGUCCGGCUAGUGUCACCCGGCAGUGACUCGUUGGAUGGUUCGGACGCGAUGGGAGCGAGGCGCAAAGUGCUGGUGCAUGUGGCGACAGGGGAGGUGGUGACCUCGUAUGCAUCACUGGAGAGCAUGCUCACCAGCCUUGGGUGGGAGAGGUACUAUGAGAACCCUGACCUCCUCCAGUUCCACAAGCGCUCCUCUGUGCACCUCAUCUCCUUGCCUAGGGAGUUCAGCCGCUUCAGGUCCAUGCAUAUGUAUGAUAUCGUCGUCAAAACUCGAAGCGUGUUCGAAGUCAGGGACAUGUGAACUCUCUCUCCGCCACUCUCCUCUCAGUCAUCUUAUCUCACCCUUUUGAAAAGUGGAUUUUUUCUGUCGUGAGAAAAAAAAAAUGUUGCUUUAGAGCUGAUGAUAGAUGUGUACGAGAGAGAGAGAGAGUAAGAGAGCAGAUUGAUGCGUCGAUGGUAGGAUUUAUAGAGCCUUGGGGGGUGCAAGGUGCUAACUUCAAAGGCAGGUGUGUGGAUUGUGUUUCUCUCUCUAACAUGAGAUUGAAUUGUGUGUGUGUUUUAUUUUUCUUGUUUUUUUUCUUUGUUUCAGUCCCUUGUACUUGUAACUUAUAAUUUCGACGUGAAUGCAAUUAUUUAGUGUUGUUCCCA